CAGGUAAGCAUGGUGGAUGGACAGGAAAUGAUUUCUGCAACAAGAUAUGGAAAGAGAAGCAUCGUCUCUUUGCCCCCACACACAGUAAUAUCCCUGUUGGAGAAAACCACCACAUCAUGUUUAGACCCUCCUGCAGAAGUUCAAGUCCUUUUUCGGUCAAAGACUUUGAAAUGUGGAAUACAGAAUCUCGCUUUGCAUCCCAGAGCUCAGAGUGGUAUGACCUAACAGGUAUCUCUGGGUCAGGAUUACUGUCCAAUGUCAACAAAAGCACAUCUGGCUCGACUGGUGGCUUCAGACAGAAUGACCCAAGCCUAAAAAAGUGGCAGUCAUUGUCCCACUUGGUGCCUGAAGGCACAUCGCGGCCCUUCACUUCACCUGCAGGGCCCUGGGGAAGUAGCUUCCGACAGUCAGAAGUCAAACAGUGGCUGCAGAGUGCUCAUGAGCAAAUAGACACUCAUAUGGAUCAACUGUCAGCCAGAGAUGCAAGUCUAAGCUUCAACAGCAUCACUGCACAGCUGCGUGACAUGAGGAAUAAGUUGUCAGACAUUAAAAGCCCAUUUGAGCAGAAAAGGGAAGAAGCGGAAUCAUUCAGAUUUGACAAGAACUUACAACAGAAGGAGCUCCAUGAAAAGGUCCAAAAGUUGGAGAAGGACCUGCUGCAAAUGAGGUUUAAUUUGGACAGAGGAAGCAACGACCAACCAACUGAGAGACGUCCACCAGCAAAUAGCCAAUGGGCUCAAAAGGAUUCUGAAAAAGAGAAAGUCAACAAAGAGUUGUCCACGUUGAGAGAGGCAUUGAACGAAGCCGAGCUCAGGGCAAAUACAAGUGAAGAAGAGCGCAACCACGCCCUGCAGCAGAUACAGACUUUAAAUGAGACACAGAAGACACUGCUGGGUCAAAUAGAGGAGAUGAAUCAGAUGCUCAGCCACUCUGUGUCCAAUCACUCUGACGUACAAAACCAACUGAGUGACGCCAACAACAAAAUCAGCCAAGCAUGUCUGGAAAAAGCAGUUUUGUCAAAUCAGGUCAUGAAGUUGGAGGACAACAUCAAAGAAUUAAUGGCCAAACUAAAACGUUCUGUCAGCAACCACCAGAACCAGGAAAGAGCAGAGUCGGACCAGAAGGCUGAAGCUCUCCAACCUAACAAGAAGACAACCCCAGGGUCAGGGGGUCAUCAGACAGUUGACAAUGUCAGUGAUCCUGAUCUGAGCAAAGAUGAACCAAAAGUUCUAAAAGAGGUGAAUGAAGAGUUAUCAUCACAGCUUGACAUUAUGAAGCAGGAGCUUGACAUGUCACAGUCUCAGCUGCAAGAGCUCAGAGAAGAGAAAAUUAAAGAUAACAAACAACUAAAAGAGCUGGAGGCUCAACACUGGGAGUUAAUUGGCCAAAAAGAAGAACUGCUUAGCAGAAUGAAGAAGGAGGAAAAUGACAGGAAGGAAGAGUGUGGCCAGCUCAGGGAGUUGGUGGAGUCUUUAAAGUCAGAAAAAGAAAGACUGCAGGAUCAGUGUGUGUCUUUGGAGGCGGAGGUCCUGGAUAAUGAGGAGAAGUUACACCAGUUGGAGGCAAGCUAUCAGAGACAAGAUGCAGCAAGAGUUCAAACAAUUGAAGAACUAAAGGUCGUGGCCUCCCACUGGACUGAGAAAUGGCAAAAAGUGGCACUGACCCUACAGCUCACACAAGAGGAGAUCGACAACCUGAAGAGGAAGAACGAAAGGGAGUCUGAGUCCCUGCUGAGGAUUGAGCUUGAAGCUUGUAAACAGGAGCUGGAGCUGGAAAGGAGUCGGAGACAGUCUCUACUUCACAAUGUUAAAGACGAAGGCGAAGAAACAAGGCAGGAGAUGCUAACAGAAUCAUCAGUGUUCGAGGAACCACCAGCAGCAGACUCUGACAGGAAUCCAAACGAAUCCUCUCAGAAUUCAUUAACAGAGCGAGAAGGAAACAGGACUGUACUUGUUGGCAACACAUCGACAGACACCGAGGUCUGCUCAGCUCCUCAAGACUGGACUGGAUAUUCUAAUGUUGUGAGGAGUACAGUCGACAGAUGGAGCUGUCAGCAGAAACCAGGCUUGAUGCCAGUGAUGGAGGAGGAUGAGGAGAGUGAUGAUCAGCUGAGAGGAGAGGAGGAAGAGCCGGAUGAAACCCUUCAAAAUCAGAGGCCUCUUAUGUCAGGUGCAAACACCAGCCAUGUGAAGGAGGAGAGUGAGGAUCAGUUGCCAGAUGAGUGUGAGCUGCAGAAGACGAAGUCGCCCCUUUAUCCUGAUGGAAUAUUCUUGGCAGAACUUGUAAAUGUAUGUAGCAAUGAUGAGGACGAGGAGGAGGAGGGAGCGGACAAAUGAACUUCUGCACCAAGACAGGUCAUAAUCAGUGUUUCAGGUGUGUUGACCUUUUUGUAAAUGGUGCCAUCUGAACUAAUUCAUGUGCUGCUAUAAUAUGAUUGAAGCAGAUGCCUCUAGACCAUAACACUAUGAAAAUGACCUAAUAGCUCUUACAGUACUUAGUGAUGAAAUCAUGUAGCAACAAUCAGUAGUGCUGUAUUUUAUUUAUUUGUUAUAAGUUCCAACACAACUUUUACAAUC